AUGUACCGCCGCGACCUGCUCUUCAGGCCCACUCGAUCCCACCAGCACAGGAGUCCAACAUCGACCUUGGCUAAUGGACACAACACCCGUUACUCGUCCCCGACUACCGGCAGCAGUUCCGAGUCCGACUUGCUAACGAUCCCUCAAGGUGAAAAUUUGCCAAGAGUCAUUCUAUCAAUUGACAAUGAAGGAUUUCAGAGAGAAUCGCGGAUUGCGCCUCGACUUCGCGUCGGUCAAUCUGGGAGGUUCGACUAUGUGUCACCUUACCUCUGGCACAUUUUCGACAACGCGAAUGAGUUUGAAAAAGUGGGCUAUGCAUCAAACCCAUUGACCUUGCACGCUUGGCUUUACAACACAUUUGGUCAUGUCGGAAAGGAUAACACAGAUUUAAGUGGCAGGGGCAAAUCGACCAGGGCUUUCAAUUGUUCUCCUUCCAAAAUCGCGCUGCCAAAUACUACGCCACUACCCAGUGCUGCCCGAGGCAUUUGGCUUCAAAACGAGCCCAAGAACUAUAACGUGCUGGAUAGACACCAUGAGGCUAUUUUGUAUCUUGGGCCUGAAGAGACGAGAGGCAUCUGCCAUCAUAUUUUUGAGAUAUCUGUCAUGCUAAGUUUCAUGAUUCAUCAGGAGGGUGUACUCUAUCUUUUGUCGUUUGAAGGUCCCGAAGAGACGAGAGUGUCGUUUGAAGGUCCCGAAGAGACGAGAGUGUCGUUUGAAGGUCCCGAAGAGACAAGAGGUUUGCGUGUCCGCGUUCUGGAGAUAUCUUCCAUUUUCUGUUUUGGGGAUGUCAUUUGA